AUGAGUGGCGGAGUGGAUAUGUCACUGUGCUCUAGAAACCUAGCAUCAGUGAGUAAGGUUAUGUUUGGCGUAUUGGCUGAAAAUCCAAGGACUCCUCCUCCAAUUUACUUGCUAGUUUUGUCAAGAAUGAGUGAUGUGAUUGAAAUUGAGACUUGGGUUCAAGGUGAUGGAAGAAUAGGGACUAGAAGUGAUUGGAUUCUCAAAGAUUAUUCCAAUGGUGAUAUCAAUGGAAGGGCUAAAAGGAAAUUGGUGAUGAUGAAUGAGGAUACUAAAAGAAUACAAAAAGUCAUUGAUGAUGUCAAAGAAGAAUACUUAUUUCGAGUUUUUGGCUUCCACUCCAUACUAGCAUUUCCUGAAGAGAAUAGUUAUAGUUUGAAGAAAAUAACAAAACUUGAAGAUCCUGUUGAAUAUUCAAGACUAGGACUUGUGAGCAUUCCAACAGAAAUCGUUGACAUCAGCUAUUACUUUGGAUUACAGACGUGA